CAUCACCAACACUUGCUCAUGCUCGCUGGUGGCCGCCGCGUGCUGGUCGUCCGCUCGCCCGCGCCGUGCACCGCCCUCGUGCUGCAGACAGCCACCAAAUUGCAGCAGUCAUCCCCCAAGCUGCAUGUGCAGCAGCCAUCCGUCAUCAAUGGCUGGCCGUCGCUGCUCCUUCGCAAGCCGGACGGGAGCGCAAUGCUUGGCACCGAGCCUGACACGAGCUCGGGCUCGCAACCCCAGCGCUCCACAGGCGCGACUCCCGCCAUCUUUGGCAAUGCAGCCAGUGCCGGAUCUGCCUCUGGGCGCGUUUCCGAUCGGAUUGUCCUGCCCGGCGUCCGAGUAUCAGCGUGGAACCACACUGCGCACCGAUUCCCGUCGUCCUCGUCGUCGUCGUCGUCAGUGUUCUCGUCGACGUCGCCGUCACAAUCCACAACAAUGCUGCUGAGCAAGAGUGCGUUGGCUACAGCACCACGGACGCCGAUCGAGUCGUUCGCACGCAACGCGAUUGCACACAUCCAGCUUACGUGGCGCAGAGGAGGCGUUCCGAUCGUCAUGGCAUCGCGAGAAAUGGACGAAGCGCUGCAACAAGCUCUCGAGCAUGUCGAGCAAGCGUCAAGUUCCGCUGCAUCGUCUUUGUCAGACUCCGAGUCCAACUCGGCACAGACAGGUGCUCUACAAAGGCUCGAGAGCAACACCACACCGUCAGGCGAUGCGAAUGCCACCAACAUGUCCCGACAGUCGGCAAGCUCGACCAAGCUCGACUAUCGCGUCGUCAGCCUUUCAGCGUUGCUCGACAUGUAUCACCUCGCCUCGGAUCUGCAUAUAGAGCAAAUGAUUCAUUCCGGCCUCCUUCAAGAAGCGACGACCAUCUUGAAAUCCUAUCCCGACGAAGCAGCGGCUCGGCACCUCCUUGGAUACCGACAAGCAAUAGGCUACAUAUCGCACGAAUGGCUAAGCCCACGCUCUGUGUCUGCAGAGCGUGCUACACAGCAAUUCUUCCGCUUUUUGCGAAAGGCCAUGAAGGAUGGACGCCUAGCGGUGGAUGCCCAGCUUGAAAUUGACAACCAAGACCCCGAGACGGGUGGAUUGUGGUUGCCACGCACUGCGGUCGAAUCAGAUACUGCUGCACAGCUUGCCGAGCUUGCUACCAUCCCCCGUGCCGAGUUUGAGGAGCGGAGGGACCUGUCUCGUAUCCACCGUGUCAAGCCAUCGACCACAUCGCCGGCUGCGCCACGGCGCUACGCCGAUGUGGCACAAGUCUUCCAUCAGCUUCAACGGCUGGCUGUUGGCGUCAAGACCGCCUUUCCUCCUCCCGCACACACGCCACGGCUGGUUGGGCAGCUAUGGCACGUCACCCGAACCUAGUAGUUUGUCAGGCUGAUUCUUGUGCUGUUUUUCCCUGCCUGGUUGUACUCUUAAUCAAUAUUAUCAAACCUCCUA